CACAGGAUCGAGGACAAAAACAAUCGGCAUCUCUCCGUCCUCAAUAAAACAUAAACAAGAGGACUCAAACGAAUCGGUGUAUCCUUUUCAUUCGGCACUGACACCACCGAGGGAGAAAUGGUUUCUCCAGUAACAGUGGUCAAGAGUGAAGGCCCUAAACUGGUGCCAUUCUUCAAAGCAACAUGUGUGUACUUUGUCCUGUGGCUGCCCACCUCAAGCCCAUCCUGGUUCAGCGCCCUUAUCAAAUGUCUGCCCAUCUUCUGCCUGUGGGUUUUUUUGCUGGCCCAUGGCUUCAGCUUUCUCGGUGCUCACUCCAGUGCCCGCAAGAUCUUGGCUGGUCUCAUCUUUUCUGCUCUGGGUGAUGCCUUUCUCAUCUGGCAGGAGCAGGGUUACUUCAUUCAUGGCCUUCUGAUGUUUGCCAUCACCCAUAUCCUCUACUCUUCUGCCUUUGGGAUGAAGCCACUUAACGUGCAUGCUGGACUAGUGACCACUGCUGCGUCCUCGCUGUGUUAUAUCCUGCUGUACCCCUACCUCUCUGGCCCCUUCACCUACCUGGUGGCCGUCUACAUCGCCCUGAUUGGUUUUAUGGGCUGGAGGGCCAUCGCAGGCUUGCAGCUUGCCAAUGACCUCUGGACCUGGACCAAGUUGUCCGCCUGCCUUGGUGCCGUGCUUUUUAUGGUCUCCGACCUCACCAUUGCAGUCAACAAGUUCUGCUUCCCUGUGCCCCAUUCGAGAGCCAUCAUCAUGGCCACCUACUACGCCGCUCAGAUGCUCAUAGCACUGUCAGCCGUUGAGUGCCAGGAUGUGGAGGUGGCCAGGAAGAGAACAUGAGUCUCAGCAGUCUCCAAACCAUGUGUUCAUGGACACAUCUCACUGCCAGGUUCCCAAUCCCCAGCCUUCAUCUCAGUGUGGUGCUCACACACCUCUGGGCCACUACAGCCUUUACAUCACCACCCUUCUGUCGCAUUAGUAUGGUAAGUUCACGUAUCUUCUCGCCAAGAAGAUACAGUAGUAUUAUCUUCAGCUUACCCAACAACAGUCCUACCUGCCUCCUCUAAAGAUAGAAUGGCUUUCAACCUAGUUCAAAAGGAGAGAAGUGUAUUAAUAUUAACUUGCUAUGUAGAGAGUAUUACUUACUUUUAACUGGCUAAUAGGAGCAUGUCACUGGGCACCUUCAAGGAGUGUGUAUGGGAAAGUAAUGAGGUGUGUGUGCAUUUAUGUGUUUGAUUCUUACCUCGCUUGGCACACAGUUCUUUCACACACUUUCACCACACCUCACACACUCAGCACAGACAUCUACUUCAUGUGGUCCAAUAGUACAAUUUAAUUUUUAGCUUUUUUGUUGUUAUUGUUGUUAAAAAGGGAUUUUUUUUUCAUUCUUUAUUGUUCUAUGUUCCCCUUAAUUAAGGGUGCUAUUCUAAAAGCUUGUCCAGACCUGUUUUCAUUAUCUGCAGUCCCUAUGAUAUUAUUUAUAACAAUCAUGCCCCUCUGCAGUCCCAUAGGUUAUCAUCCACAUAUAUCCUAAAAUAUUUUUUCUACUAGGAUGUCUUUGGCUAGCUAGAUGCACAGAGGAAAAAUAGCAAAAAGAAAGCCAGUAAUGUUGAAAUGCAGAGAGGGAAAGCUGGGUGUCUAUGAAAACAGUGUGUAUUGUAGGUUUCAUGAUCAAACACUUAUGUUGGGUGGGCAAGAAGUUGAGCUUUCUGUUGCGAUCCCAUUCACACUGCUCUCAGUUGUCCUGCUGUCACAAAGAGAACACAGUAAAUACCAUAAUCACAACAGACUACUGCACAGAUUAUUGCUUGCUAUACCGCACACCUGCUUCUCCUUUUGGUGUUAAGUCCACCAGGAAUUUGUUUUGCCCGCCAGCAGCUUUUUAAGAAACGCAGGUGCAAAUGUCAACAUGUACACACACCCGACACCUACAGUUCCUGCUGUGUUAGUUAUUGGGAAAGGUUCAUGGGGAUCUUAUUGCUAGAAUAGAUCAGCUGCCCCAUGCUGUCCUUGUCCUAAGAGCAUGAAGGGUGAAAAGAAAAAGCUAUGUUACAGGAUGGAAUCUUUUUGUUUAUCAGCUCUGCGUGUCUGUCAAGACCCUGGGAAAGGGCUCACUCACACAUAGUGAAAUGCGCACAAACAUUCACAAAAGUGUGUGCUUUGUCCUUAGGGCAGCCAUAAAGAACCAAAAAAACCACAAUGAAAAAAAAAAUAAAAAUUGGAAGACAAGGGAACUGGCAUGUCAUGUGAGGAAACAGUUAUCCCAUUAUUCCCAAUAAUUCCCUCUCACAGGACACUUCAUCAGCUUUAAUCCUGCAAAAUCCACCACAGCUAAUCCCUAACGGGGUGGCUGAUAUUUUGUCUUUCAUCUCUUACAUAUUUCCACUUCUCACCUCUCAUUCGCCCUCUGCAAACAUUUUAUUUUAAAACCAAGUGUCUUACUGAAUAUUUAAGAGUUAUACUGUAACUUUUUCAUCAGAUGUCUACGUUUAUGCAUGUUUUUGAGUGUGUCUGAGAGUGCGUGCUUUUUUUUUUUUUUUUUUUCUUAGUUGUCGCUUGAACGUCUGUGUGUUUUUGUGAUAAGUCAGAACCAACUCAAGGCCCGAAAUGCUGUGAACCAACAUAGUUUAUAUGGAGUAGACACACUACUGGAUAGUUUUAUCGUAUUAUCACAAUGCUCUUAAAACCAUCUUCAUACCUAUCUCUUCUUCAGAACUGCAGCUUUGUUAUAGGAAACAUAUGUAGUGUUGUUAAUAACUUUCAGGUAGUACCUUAAUAGUAACGUUUUACAUUGCUGGACAUGCCUCCUGUUUAUAUGCUGGUGGCAAAUUUAAAGUAUUAAUCACUGUUAAAAUUUGCAAUGGAACACAUUUAGUUCAAUAGUUUAAUCAUGAAUCUCUCAGAUAUGAUGCUGUAUGUAUAUAUAUUGUUUAUAAAACAAUCAUGAUGGGAAAGAAACAAGCCCAUGUUAUGGGUUUCUUCUUCUGGGUCAUUGACCAGCAACAGCUGUCAGUGGCUACAUACGCACACAAAAAACCCACACACAUACAUACAAAUCAAAAGGUGUUUAGGCAUCACCUUAGCCACAAUGACAGAUCUGCAGGCAGACAAUGGUGUUGACUGUCAUCAAGGUUUCUUUUUAACAUCAGUGGCACAGUUUUGCUUUGACCGGGAAAGACACUUGGCACAAGUGGCUAUUCUUGACUGCUUCUUUGCCAGAAAGUUCCUCAAUCUCCUUUCGUUCUGUCACUAUGCUUGUCAGCACAAUGUUUCUGCUUUGUCAGUCAGAAAUGUUCCAUCAGUCUGGCUGUGUGACCACUUGUCUUCUGUUGCGUGCUUUAAUUUGUCCUCCCAGCACUGCAGACUCUGAGUCUGCAAUACUCUCUGUUUUCAUCUCGUGCACCUCACCGAGAGAACACGUUUUGUCAACAAUUAAUAUAGGCCGCCGUUGUGCUGAAAGCCAUCCACCGAGGCUUGAUAGCAUUGUCUUAAAUUAAAGUGUACUAAAGUACAAGUAGAGAUGCUAGUUAACACAGACUCUAGCAUCUGGCCCCAAGUAAAACCGUGCAGGGAUGUUGGUACUAAGUCAAGCAAUCUUACUCAUCCUUACCAAUCCACACAGAAAUAUGGGCUCUGUGUCUCCUCUAAAGUAUCUGCUGUUGUUUGAUUUGGGCACCAGUAGCCAAAGCUUAAACCAUAAUGGAAAACUGAACUCAUUUGACUGAGUGGACCUUGCUAGCAUUAGAAGUUUCUCAUGUAUCAAACAGGCUGUUGUUUCAUAGGUGACAAAAGUCCCCUUGCUGGUGCAGGAUUGCUUUUGGCCUUCCAUUCAGAAAAGAGGUUAUUGUUGAGUGAUAUUGUAGCUUGAAUUAGAUUAGGAGGUGAAAUAUGACGCACAGGGGAAGCUGUUAGCUACCAUCCUGUUCCCCCACAGAUGGCAGGCCAGCAGGCGCAUCAGUUUACCUUAGCCUGUCAACAGCCCGUUGUUCAAAGCUUUGUGUGCAUAUAAAAGGGACCAGAGAGAGCUUUCGGAGGCCAGUAGGGUUUGGCCUCCACAGUGAGUUACGAUCUGGUAACUAGAAGGGCCUGUGGUUUCACUGGGUCCUCUGAAUAAGUUAGCACUUUUCUUUGAUUAGAAGUUUUCUUCCUGUUUUCUUUUUGCUGUUGUUUCUUGUGAUUGUUGAUUUGAAGACUUUGCUGCUAAUGCACUGUGCUCGUGCUCAUGCAGUGGGUGACAUUAAGAACACGUAGCUGUAAAGUUUGUAUAUUUACGCAUGACAUGAAUCCUCCACUUCAACACAGAGGUGUUUUUUUUUGUUUUUUUGUUUUGUACUACAGCUGACAGCCCUCCAACAUUAAGAGAAGUAUGUGGAAAUAAACAUGUUCUCUUUGUAAAAUGACCCCCCCCCCCCAUGUUCUGCACUUUUCUGUACCCAAAGUAAGGCCAGUUGAUCUCUCCUUGAAGCUAACAGUUAAAGUGUUUAUAACAAAGGAUUAUUGUGUACUGUAUCCUCUAAAGUAUAUGCUCAUUUUUCCUUUAUUUUUUUCUCGAAAAGAAAAGUUAAAGAAAAGUUACUGUUUUGAAAGUGACAAAUCAGUAUGUGAGAAUCAGCUAUUUUCUUUAAACGAUAUUCAUUUCACUUUAAGUGUUACUGACCUUAAUGUAUAAAUCUUUUUUAAAGUGUUAUCCUUUCAUUUGCAGAAAAUGAAAACCCAAAAUGUUUUGCCUGUCAAUGUGGAAAAAGCCAAGUUUUUUUUUUUUUCCACAAAUGACUUAAUUUUUGUUUGAAGGUCCACUGCAUUGCAGAAUUUGACUUCCAUUUAUUCAAAGAAUGUUUUACUUUUUUUUUUUUAAUUCAAUGACAUGCUUUAUCUUGUUGUCCUUGAUUUUUUUUUUUUUCACUUUGUGAUUUAUUUCUUUCAUGACUGUAGAGAUGAAAUAGUUUCUUUGCUCUAGUGAAACUGCUAUGAAUGUGAA